UUUCCCGCGUCUGACGAACUUUGAAAAUGGAUUUCAAACAUUCAGAAUGACUCGAAACACCCCCCGGGGUUACCCUAACUCUCAUUAAGCCGGUUAACGAUCUAUAAAACCUCCGACCCGAUUUGUCUGAAGACGCGCAGACGGACAUUGAUGAUCCAGGGAGGAUCUGUGCAGCAGGAGCAGCAGAGCCUGAUAUCUGGUUAGAAAGACACAGAGAGAGAGAGAGAGAGACUCCCCCCCUGGAUGUCUGUGAUGCUGUGCCAGCUCGGACAGAGGUGUGUGAUGGAGGUGGUGCUGCUGACCAUCCUGUCCUGGGUGACCGUGUGGGCAGAAGAGAAGAUCAUAUUUGACAGACACGCUGUUUACUGGAACAGCUCCAACCCCAAGUUCUGGCAUGGAGAGUACAGAGUGGCAGUGAACAUUAAUGACUAUCUAGACAUCUACUGUCCGUACUACGAGGGUCCGCCGUCCCACGGGCGCAUGGAGCGCUACAUCUUGUUCAUGGUUAACCAUGAGGGCUACACCUCCUGCCAGCACAGGAUGCGUGGCUUCAAGCGCUGGGAGUGCAACCGUCCCAGCGGUCCUGACGGACCCCUGCGCUUCUCAGAGAAGUUCCAGCUCUUCACCCCCUUCUCCCUGGGCUUCGAGUUCAGGCCCGGACACGAGUACUACUACAUCUCGUCUCCUCACCCAAACCAUGUGGGGCGGGCAUGUCUAAAGCUGAAGGUGUAUGUCAGACCUCCAGAUGGGUCGGGAUACGAUUCUCCGGAGCCCUUCCUGACCGACGGAGGUCCGAGCUGGAGGGCGGGAGCCGUGACCCCGUUAGCUGCUCUGGCCUCACUCUUCCUGGGACUCCUUUCCCGGCUGUGACCCCCUCUCCCUCUCUUCCUGGAGCUCCCACCCAGGGAUAAUGGGCUGGGCUGGCUGUCCCUCUGAAUCCACCGCCCCCUCAGGGAAGCCCUCUGUCUCCAACCCCCCUCUCCCCCCUCUCCCACCUCCACCCCGAUACAACCACCGACCACCCCCACUGCCAGCCCCCCCUCCUGGCCCAGCCACGGACACCCUUCCCAGGCCUGGCUGAGCGGGCUGGGGUGCGAGCUGUCUGGGAAGCCACCCUUCAUCUCUGAUCUCUGAAUUGUAGGUGGAAGAGCACCUCUCAGCUGAAAAACACAAGAGAAAUGUCUCUGCACUCAUAUCAGGGGGUUCUUUUGAUUUAACUAUUGACUCUUGGCCACCGGUGGGGUAGAUGUAGCCAUGGCUAUGAUUAAACUUGUCGUUUCAGUGCAAUUCCUAUCAUCCAAUCACGGAAGGAUGCAUUAAGCGAUAGGCCUGGAUGCACAAAAAUUGGAUUUUUGCUCACAUUGCUAUCCCAUCCUCAAACCAAGAAUUGGGAGUAGCCAAGCUUGCAUUGUAAUUGAAAUUCUAUACUAUCUGGACCAAUUCCAACUCCAGUGCGAACGAGAGCAAAUGAAAAGAGGGGGAGCCAAAAGUGGCCACGAUGUUAUGUGUUGAUAUUUUCAGAUGCAGACUCGGAGAUGUGAUAUAAAAUUGAUGCAGUUAGAUUUUUUUUUUCUUUUUUUUUUUUUUUUUUAUAAGAUUUCACAUUAUAUUGACAAGUAUAACCAUAGCCUGUUUCAGCGGGCGGGCGAGGGCAUGUUCUGGGUGGGUUUGAUGAGAUGUAGAUUUUCAGGUUGGGCGUGUUUUGUCUUAUUCAUGUUUCUAAACAAAGCAUUUAUCACAGCCUGGUCAGCACAGGCGUCUUGAGCACUGUCUAAUGUCGAUCGGGUCGGGUGACUUUUGGAACCAUGACUUUUCCCAUGUAUGAAUGUACCACUGGUCACCCACCUCUUUGUCUUUCUGUAUUAUUAUGACUGUGGUCACUUACAGUACCUUCUCUCGGACUGGCGGGACGGACACUUCGGGAAUGCAAAUGGACGGCACGCGGGGAGGGAGGGAGGGAAGGACGGGGUUGAGAUAAAGAGGAACAGAGGACGAUGAGAAAAGGAGGCGACACUUGAGUUGCAUGACCACUGUGAAACCUUCAGAUCAAUCUUGUUUCUAAUGAUGAUAUAUUUUUUCAUGAGGAAAAUGAGAAACACCCUGCCACCGCUCUCUUCGCUCUCCCCGAGACUCUUUCAGACAUCAAAAGGAAAAUUCAACCUCUCUCCUCACACGGUUUCUCCCGUCUGGCUUUCAGUCGUUGAUGGAUUAGCUCGGGCCGCGAGAUAAAUGGACCCACGGGGUGAAACCGACUGCGAAUCAGCCCUCGGAGCCCAGGCCAGAUCACAAUGAACGUAAACACUGACUGAAGCUGGUCCUGGGUCUGAGGGUUAAACCAACAAGGGAAAGCGCGUGGACUGUGGCAAAUGAGGCGAGGUGUGUGCGUGUGUGCGUGGUAGCAUCACAAAAACACACAUAUGCGCAUGCACAUACACACAUACAUACACACACAUACACACACACGUAGUCUUUGAUAACGAGACUGUUCCUCUGAGAUGGUCGGGGCAUUCAUGGACAUGACUAUAAAGGGAACAGCACGGAGAUAGAGCGAGUGGAGGAGGGAGGGGGAGGGAGGGAGAGAAAGUGUGUGUUUAUCAUGGGACUGACACUUCUUUAAUGUUGGGAAGUGAACAUAAUGAGUAAGCACUGUGAACACACACACACACACACACACACACACACAUACACACAUGCAGGAUGACCCAUGUACAGAUACACAUAAGAACCGACAUACGUAGAGGAGAAAUUGCAGAUCUAGACAUUUCCAAGACAUGGCAUGGACAUACACACAUGUACAAAGACACACACAGACACACAAAACAAAACACACUCAAGAAAACACAAACAAGGGGGAAGCACUUCUUUCCCUGUUUCAUCUUAUUUUUGUAGCAUUUAAAAUCACUGUUAAUUACUCCUGUGUGGGAUGCAGUGAUGGGAUAUAGCCUGUGGAAGAUUAAAAAAAUUGUGUCUUCUCUUCUUCUA